UUCUGAAGCUGUUGAAGCGAGGGAGCAAAGGUAAAGAAUGAUGUAAUGCGCCGGCCGCCCCAAAGCUCCUUUUGUUGUGGGAUGGUUCCUCCAGUCAUCCUCUUCUGAAUCCCAUGUGAGGGGCGGCUUUGUGGAGGGCACCCUUUGCAAGAGCACAUCAACGGGCCACAGAAAGGGACAUUCACUUGGAGGGCUCUUGCUGAAAAUGGGCUCUCGCCAGUCCCCGCCAGCCUGACCUCCUCCAUUUUUAGCACAAUGGAGUGGCUGAGCCUCUGAGUGCCCCACCAUUACAUCAUCGUGGCAAAUUAGAGGAGGUGGGAAAAAAGAGGACUUAUUGUCAUGGCCCAGGAGAUGAUUGGAACUCCAAUUGUCACUGAGAGCUUGGUGGCUCUGCUGGAAAGUGGGACAGAAAAAGUGCUGCUAAUUGAUAGCCGGCCGUUCGUGGACUACAAUACAUCCCACAUUUUGGAAGCCAUUAAUAUCAACUGCUCCAAGCUCAUGAAGCGAAGGUUGCAACAGGACAAAGUGCUCAUCACAGAACUCAUCCAGCACUCGGCAAAACACAAGGUCGACCUUGAUUCCAGUCAGAAGGUGGUUGUUUAUGAUCAGAGCUCCCAAGAUGUCGCCUCUCUGUCAUCAGACUGUUUUCUCACUGUGCUUCUGGGCAAACUGGAGAAGAGCUUCAGCUCUGUCCAACUGCUUGCAGGUGGCUUUGCUGAGUUCUCCCGCUGUUUCCCCGACCUCUGUGAAGGAAAGUCAACCCUCGUCCUGUCCUGCAUCUCCCAGCCUUGCUUACCGGUCGCCAAUAUCGGGCCCACCCGGAUCCUCCCCAACCUGUAUCUCGGCUGCCAGCGAGACGUCCUCAACAAGGAGCUGAUGCAGCAGAAUGGGAUCAGCUAUGUGCUCAAUGCCAGCAACACCUGCCCGAGGCCUGACUUCAUCCCUGAGUCUCACUUCCUGCGUGUGCCCGUGAAUGACAGCUUCUGCGAGAAGAUCCUGCCAUGGCUGGACAAAUCAGUGGAUUUCAUUGAGAAAGCGAAAGCCUCUAACGGCUGCGUCCUCGUGCAUUGUCUGGCUGGGAUCUCCCGCUCCGCCACUAUCGCCAUCGCCUACAUCAUGAAGAGGAUGGACAUGUCCCUGGAUGAAGCCUACAGAUUUGUGAAAGAAAAAAGGCCAACCAUCUCUCCAAAUUUCAACUUUCUGGGCCAACUCCUGGACUACGAGAAGAAGAUUAAGCAGCAGACUGGCACUUCGGGGCCUAAGAGCAAACUCCAGCUGCUGCAUCUGGAGAAGCCCAGUGAAGCCACCCCCACCACUGCCUCCUCAGAGGGUGGACGGCGAGGUGAGGUGUUGAUCGGGCCCCCUUCCGUCCCCCCUGCUACCUCAGAGGCGGCGGGGUCCGGUGCCCAGCCCCCACGGCCAGGGGACAACCCGCUGGUCCAGGCGCUCCACGGGCUCCACCUGCCCCCCGACAGGCUGGAGGACAGCACGAAGCUCAAGCGCUCCUUCUCCCUGGACAUCAAGUCCGUCUCCUACUCGGCCAGCGUGGCGGCCUCCCUUCACGGCUUCCCCUCCUCGGAGGAGGCCCUAGACUACUACAAGCCUUCCGCCACCCUGGACGGGGCCAGCAAGCUGUGCCAGUUCUCCCCAGUUGAGGAGGUCUCAGAGCAGACGCCUGAGAGCAGCCCAGACAAGGAGGAAGCCAAGCUCCCACAGAAGCCUCAGCUGCCCCGGCUCCCCGAGAGCCAGAGCAAACGGCCGCACACCCUCAGAACUGGCGGUGGGGGGCCCGGCCCUCGGGCCUGCCUGGCCCCACUGCACCGGAGUGGCAGCGUGGAGGACAACCGCCACACCAGCUUCCUCCUCGGCCUGUCCAAGUCUGCCGCGGGGCUGGGCCCCAAGGGCUGGCACUCGGAUAUCCUGGCGCCCCAGGCCUCGGCCCCCUCCCUGGCCAACAGCUGGUAUUUUGCCGCCGCCGAGUCCUCUCACUUCUACCAGGCCCCGGCCGUGUACGGCGGCGGCUACUCAGCCUUCAGCUGCAGUCAGCUCCCUACGGGCGGCGACCAGCUGCACCCCGUGCGCCGGCGACAGAAGCCCAGCGACAGGGCUGACUCGCGGCGGAGCUGGCAUGAGGAGAGCCCCUUUGAGAAGCAGUUCAAGCGCCGGAGCUGCCAGAUGGAGUUUGGAGAGGGCAUCAUGUCGGAGAACAGGUCACGGGAGGAGCUGGGCAAAGUGGGCAGCCAGUCGAGCUUCUCGGGCAGCAUGGAGAUCAUUGAGGUCUCCUGAGCGCGGUCACCCUCUCUCAUUCACAAAAGAUAUUCCCUGUAAAUCUGAAAUAUAUAUAUGUACAUACAUAUAUAUUUUUGGAAAAUGGAGCUAUGGUGUAAAAGCGAAGGAUGACAGAUCAGCAGGGCGCU